CCUCCACAAUGCAGCCAAAAUGAAACUGCUGCACGCGCUGGCCGUCGCCUUCGUCCGGCGAGUGCGACGCCCGGUGCGUCGUGUAAGCAUCCUAUUGAAGGGUGCCGCCGUCGUCUUUCUCCUGUGUAUCAUCGAAGCGUUCCUGCACAGGUAUCUGCACAGCAUCCCUCGCCCGCCGCAGGACCUUGACGGGCCGUUCGCGAGACAAUGUCAAGACCCCCGGAUUGCGGCAGCGCAGCCACGGGAGAAGGCGGCGUUCGUCAUGCUUGCUCGGAACUCCGAAAUAGACGAAGCGCGGCAGACGAUCCAGAAUAUCGAGGCCCAGUUCAACCAAUGGUUUCACUAUCCCGUGGUGUUCCUCAACAAUGAAGAAUGGGAUCCCGAGUUCGUCCGCGAUCUGAACGCCUCGGUGAGUGGUAAAGCUAUCUUCGACGUUAUUCCCAAGGAAGACUGGUCAUACCCGUCCUGGGUCGAUCCGGCCAAAGCCCGCCAGUCCAUGGCCCAACAGGACAAGUCCGGCGUCUGGAACGGCGGCAAAGAAUCCUACCAUCACAUGUGCCGCUUCUACUCCGGCACCUUCUACACCCAACCCGCCCUGGCCCCGUUCAAAUGGUACUGGCGCCUCGAGCCCGGCGUGCGCUACACCUGCGCGAUCACCUACGAUCCCUUCGUCGAGAUGGCCCGCCACGGCAAGUCCUACGGCUUCACCAUCGCCCUCUGGGAAGAGCCCAACACCUGUCCGAGCCUCUUCCGCGCCGUAGAUGACUUCCGUACUCAACACGGCCUACCCUCAUCUCCCACCUGGAACGCCAUGCUCGACACGGCCUCGUGGUCCCAGCAAGCCUGGCCAGUCCGCAAGCUGCUGGGCCUGCUCGGCCGCGCGCACCACGCCCGCUCCGGCGACCGUUGGAACCUGUGCCACUACUGGAGCAACUUUGAGAUCGCCGACCUCGACUUCUUCCGCGGCAAGGCCUACCAGUCCCUCUUCGGCCACCUCGAUCGCCAGGGCGGCUUCUACCACGAGCGAUGGGGCGACGCGCCCGUCCACAGCCUAGCGGUGCACCUGCUCCUGCCGCCGGGCAAGCUGCACCACUUUUCCGACUUCGGCUACCACCACGAGCCCUUCUUCCAGUGUCCCGGGAAUGCUCCGGGCGGGCAGCUGCCGGGCAAUGAGGCGCUGGGGAACGGCGAGUGGUCGGCCGAAAGCGAAGGGGCCGUCGGCUGCCGGUGUCGGUGUCCCGAUCAGAGGCGGCGGAACAACCGGGGAAUAUGCCUGGACACGAUGCAGGCGCCGGCGGCGUUCCAUCGGACCGGGUGGUGGGAGAAGUAUAGGGGGAGGUAUCCCUAUACCAUCAAUAUCCCGGGCUGAAUCUCGAUGAGGUUCUCCGAUGCGUUGAUUACCUAGCAUAUCAACGCUAGUGGCGGUUCUAUCGUCCGAACUUCUCCGACUCAUGUACCCCGCUUGGCUGUGCAUUGCGCUCAGUCCGAUGGCAGCGGCCGUCCCGUUUGGCCCGGCACCAGCGCUUCCCGGGUAGGAGCAUGGUAUCUAGACACGGCCCGUUGGAUAUAGAUCGAUCGAUCUAUUACGGUGGACCACGUCAUGGUGAUACGAACGACAUACAGGAUUGGGGCUGCAAGGAAGAGAUACUUGGUACUACUAGUAGUCAGAUGUAUUAAAAUAGAUUGUAACUGUAUAGACUCAUUGAAGAUAAACGGCAGAAAUGGUGAGUUAUACUGAUGU